UUGUUCCUGAGAAAACACGACAAAACUGAUCUGAGUCCUGAAGUCUGACCAGGGACUGCUGGGAAUGAUGUGAUAGGAGGUGGAGGAGGAAGAGGAGGAGGAGGAGAGAGCGGAGAAUGUCUGUGACGUCACGGUUCUGUCCGUGUGGCUCCGCCCUCUUCCAUGUGCUCCUGUUUGGGUCCAGACUCUGAGAGAGUCUAGACUGAGAGUCCAGCAGAGUCCACACCAAACCUGGUCUCAGUCAAAGUCCUGCUGCAGGAACCAGGACCAGAGACCAGAGACCACCGUCACCAUCCUGGUCCUCCUCCUCCUCCGCAGCACCAGGGGCCACGGCCGGGGCCCCCACCAUGUCCACCCCGUUUCUAGUCACUGACCUCCUGAUGGAGGAGACUUACCGCAGGUUCGGGUCCAUGGACUCCGCUGCAGGAGGCCUCGGGCCCCCGCUGGGCUCCUACCGUCACCCGCAGGUCUCUCAGCCCGGGGUCCAGCCGCAGCAGCCGCAGCAGCAGCAGCAGCAGCUCCUUCCUCCUCCUCACCUCCACCAUCAUCACAUGUCCUCCUCUUCCUCCACCUCCUCCGGCUCCGGGCCCUACCACCAUCACCACCACCACGGGCCGCACACGGUGCCGCAGUUCUCCGCGGCCGUGGGAAGCUUCUGUAACGGCGCGGAGCUGCCGUCCUACCAGGAGGCCGCGAGAGGAGCAGCGGGAGCCGCAGGAGCAGGAGGAGCAGCGUGGUACAGCAACCCGGAGCCACGAUACCCGACAAUCUCCAGGUUCUUGCCCCCCCCCUCAGGCAUCAACAUUAACGGGAUGGUCACCGGCCUCACUGACUGCGCCGCCAAGUCCGUGGUCGCGCUUCACGCCGCCGCCGCCGCGGCCUCCGCACCGCGACGCAAGCGGCGGGUUCUCUUCUCUCAGGCGCAGGUGUUCGAGCUGGAGCGACGCUUCAAGCAGCAGCGCUACCUGUCGGCGCCGGAGAGGGAGCAGCUGGCCGGUCUGAUCCACCUCAGUCCGAACCAGGUCAAGAUCUGGUUCCAGAACCACCGCUACAAACUGAAGCGUCAGGCCAAGGACAAGGCCGCGCAGCAGCAGGAUGAGGAGGAGGAGAGGGAGCGGGAGCAGGAGCGGGAGCACGAGGAGGACCGAGGAGGUGAAAGUGGACUCUGUGAAACAACGCGCCGCUCCUCCUCCUCCUCUUCCUCCCUCUCCUCAGUGUCUCCACUUCUCUCCAAGACUGGAAAAAGCUGUGGGGUCGACUCCGCAGGGGCCGCUGACCUGAGGCGGCAGCAGCUCUCCUCCUCCGCCGAGGAGAUGGAGGACUUGUCUCCCUGUAGUCCACCUCCUCCUCCACAUGGACUCCUGCAUGAUCAUCACAUGACCCAGACGGACGCGGCCUUGAUGGACUACAGCAGCAUGGUGGGGUCCGGUCUACUCUACGGUAGAACCUGGUAAUGAGAGGAGGAGCAGGGAGGAGGAGCAGGGAGGAGGAGCAGGGAGGAGGAGACACGGUCUGAAAACCAGAGACAACCCUGGCUACGAAGAACCGUGUAGAACUCCUGACCAACACUGGGACAAAAUAAAGUUCAGAUAAAAUAAACUGCUUCUGGUUCUGACCAAUUUUAUAAUUUUAUAUUUCAGUUGAACUCCACAAAAAUAAAGACGCUGUGAACUCAUUCUGAACCAGAUCCACAACAGCUGGUACCGAGUCCAGCUGGUACCGAGUCACAUCCCUGCUGUUCUUUAAACCACGACCACAAAUAAAAAUCAAAGACUUUUGAUCAAGUGGACUUUUACAGACUUUUGUCCGUUUUCUAACCGUUGCCGACGGAGACUCAGUUUUAGACUGAAGUCCUGUCUGUCAGGCUCAGAGGUCAGAGGUCAAGUGUCAGGUACAUACUUCACUGACAGACAGAAUGUUCUGGAGUUUCUGUUCCACCUGAGAAGAAGAAACUAAAAGUCAAUAAAACUGAAAGAACACAGUGAAACUGAACGAUUAUGUAAAAAAAAAAGAUUUCACGACUGUAAAUAUUAUGGUUGAGAUUUUCAUCUUUUAAUUCUCGUUCUUACAGAGCGUAAAAAACAGACAAGGUUUAAAAUGUCUGUUUAUUCCUGUCAUCGUUGAACCACAGACUUUUUUGGAGAUUUUCUCUCAGACACCGACGACACUGACUUGUAAAUAUGAAGAUUUAAACAAAUUCAACUUCAUUAAAAAAAACGUUUUUCUUCUUUAACGUCAGGUUGAAAAAAAAAA